UAGCAUCAAUUCCGUGUAGGUCAGAAACAAUUAAAGAAGCUUCAAUCCUCUCGUUUUCGUCCAUCUAUUACAAACAACCCAAAACAGUUUCCCCAAUUCGUUUUCAGGUUUUGAUCUUGCAAAAGGGGAAAAGACGAAGCGCAAUGGCAGGAGCGGCAAACAAGUUCUUUGUUACCUCAAUGUUCAUAUGGAUGGCUCCGAUUGCUGUCCUUUUCGCCUUCAACCACGAUUUGCUUCCCGGGUUGAGCCAAUUAUCACCGCAUACUCUAACCUUGCUAAGCGGAUUGGUGGCCGUGGUGUCAGUCAAUAUAGUUAUGGGAUUCUAUAUCUAUAUCGCAGUGAAGGACAAGCACGAACCAACCUCUGCUGCUGAGGCCAAAGCUAGUUUGACCAAACUAAACAAAGGUAAAACAGCUUCAAGGGCGUCCAAGAAAGACUAGUAGAUAUUCAGUGGAUGUUGUUGAAUGCUCUGUUGGUAUUCUUUUCGAGCCGACUAUAAUCAGUUCUGAGCUCUGUUUUUCUAUAAUGUAUCUACGCAGUGCACCACGAUUGCACUCGAUUUGUUGUAACUUGUCUUCUUUUUUUGAUUGAGUUGUAACUUGUCUUUCUAUAUCAACGUUGGAAUCAAUAUCAGCUUCUUUUUAUCGUU